CGCGCCAAGAGCUCGAAUGAGCGUCGCGCAGGAGGGCAUGUUCGACAUGCGCGACCCUCCGGCGCGCGUGGCCGCGACGCUGCCCGGCCUGACCUCCACCGCGCCGUACGAGUACUACUCUGGCUACCUCAACGCUGGCACUCCGCCGUCGGGUCGCGGCGUCGCCUUCUUCCACUACAUCUGCGCGAUGGCGCCGGACUGGAAGGAGAAGCCGCUCUCGAUCUGGUACAACGGCGGCCCGGGCGCGCCGUCCACGUUUGGGCUCUUCCAGGAGUUUGGGCCCUUCCUGCUGACCUCGGACUCGUAUCGCACGGCGGAAUUCCGUGCGACCAAGGUGCCGACGCCGCUCUUCAACGCGUGGACGUGGGCCAACGUGACGAGCCUCUGCGAGAUCGACUCUCCCGCUCCGAUGGGUGCCUCAUACUGCACGAUGGGCAACGGCAGCGCCACCAGCCACGGCGGCCCGAGCGGAGACCCGUACACCUGCGGCCCUUGGACGGACAAGUCGACGGCGAAGGCCAACCACCGCGCGCACGCCGCCUUCUUCCGCGACGCCUUCCCCGAGUUCGAGGCUUCGCAGCAGCCGGUGACGCUGGUGGGCGAGUCGUACGCCGGCGUGUACGUCCCUCUCUUUGCAAACGAGUGGCUCGACGACCCGAUCACCGGCCCUACCGGCAGGCCGAUCCACUUCAAGGGCUUCGCGGUGGGCGACGGCUUCCCGGCCUGCAUCCCGCAGCCGGGCAGGCCGGUCGACUGGUGCGUCAACCUGCGGGAGGUCGAGUUCUUCAAGUACCCCAACGCGCUGCCCGGGCCGCACUGGGACGUCGAGCACUCGCAGAUGUCCGAGGAGCUGUACGCGCGCAUCGUCGGCGGCGGCUGCAGCGAGGCGGAGCUCAAGGGCAAGGCUGCGCCGCAGCCGCUCAGCGCCGGCUGCCUGUCUCUGAUGGAGGAGAUGAGUCGCGAGGUUGGCUUCUUCUACGCCUACAACCUCUUCGAGGCGUGCCCCGAGGAGGUGCCCAAGAGGAGGAUGACGGCGGGGGCGACGAGGCCGCGCUCACGCGCGCGCGUCGCCAUCGACGCCGCGACCGCCGCCUCGCUGAUCCCGCUGACCGCCGCCCCGCUGCCAGCCGCGCCCUCGCCCGGCGACGGCGACACUGGCCUGGGCGCUCCGUGCCUCGGCUCGGCGAUGAACGACUACUUUUCGCUCAACGCCACCAAGGCGGGGCUCGGCAUCCCGUUGUCGAACAACUUCAUCGUCCUUGACAACGGGAUCGGCAUGAACUACACGACAGAUUCGGCCUUCGUCGGCUUCGCCUAUGAAAAGGCGAUCCGGGCGGGCAAGAGGGUCCUCAUCUACGAGGGCGACUCGGACGACUGCGGCCUGCAGACGGCGCCGAUCGAGCAGAUCUGGGUGCCCUUCUUCGGCAACGGGACCGGCACGUGGACGCCGAUGGGGCCGCUCGGCACGCCCGCCUCCACGCCCCUCGGCCUGCCGCUCACGCAGCCGUGGCGGCCAUUCGAGGUGCUGCCCAGAGGGAGGCGCGUGCAGGGAGGCUUCUCGAUGGCGUGGAACGGCGGCCAGGUCCGCUUCGUGUCGGUCCGCGGCGCGGGCCACCUGCUGCCGCUCUACCGACCCGCCGCCUCCUUCACGAUGAUGAGCGCCUUUCAGGCCGACGAGCCACUGCCGCCGCCUUUCUACCCGCCGCCGCCGAGAGAGCAGGCGGCGCGGCGGGCGGUGUCGUAGUCUAUGACCGUAUGAGAGAGAGCUCUCUCAGAAAAACGGACGAUUUGCUC